AUGGCUUCUUCUUCCUCUACUUCCUCCUCCAUUUCCUUCGAGUCUGAAUCCACUCGAGAAGCGACUCCAGAACAUGACCCCAAUGCAGAGGAAUGGGACUUCCAGACUUGGUCAGAGGAUGACGAAUCCUUGACCGAUGGUGAAGACCUCCAGCUUCUCCUCGGCGGGGAGCUCGAUGAAGACGACGAAGACGACAUGUCCUGGGAGGGGGACUUCUUCUUCUCGGAGGAAGAAGUCGAUUCCUCAUCAACCGAGGAGGACUCGGUGGCAGGAGACUUCCUGCUUGGCGGGUCGUCGGAGGAUGAUGAUGACGACGAUGAAGAAGUCGGAGACAGCAGUGGCUUCAGCAGCGACAGCGGCGGAGACGAUGGCGGUAGUGACGACGACGGCAGCAACGACGACAGUGACGCCAACAUGGCUCCUCCGAUCAAGCGCCGCAGACAGGAGGAUGGUCCGGAGCCCAAGAACGAUGAUGGCUCCUCCUUCAAGUUUUUACCAGUUGCCCCCGUGGUCCUCUUCGACAAUAAUGCACCUCCCCUGUCAAAGGUAAUCAUGCAGAUCCAGCCUUAUUCUGCAAAAUCGGCCUCCAAGCGGAAGCGAGCCUCUGACAUUGCUGCCCCCCGAGCCCAAACUAAGGCGAGGAAGAUGACUGUCAGGAAGAUUCGGAAGGAAGCUGGACCAUCUUCCAUCGAUCAGGAAGCUCCGAUCGUCAACCAGGCUGAUAUCGUAGAAAUUUCCAGCGGGGAAGAGCCAGCGCGCCAAGAAAACCCAACUCCAGAGGCUCCAGAGGAUCCUUUGAUGAUGGGUCUGAACCUCUCGGAGUUGCUCUCAUUCGACCCUGCAUCCGUCGGCUCGGCCAUACUCGAAGCGGAUGAUCACCAGCCUCAGCCGACCGGUGUUGCUAGCCAGCUCCUUCGCAUAAAGGGCCUGCUGUCAGCUCCAAUUGAUGCCUUGGUCCAGGACUCUAACGCGGUAGUGUCAGGUGAGGACAAGGACGAUGAAGCAGUGACUGCUGAAGCUGAUCGUGUCCGCCUUCAGGUUGUCGCAGCCAUUGAUGACUUCCUUCAGUAG